AUGAUGAACCAAUUCCAUUAUUUAGUCGUAAAAAAAAUCAUAUCUGAUUAAAUUAAAUUGUGCUUCUCAAACUACUUUGAAUUAUUAAGAUAAAAAUUAGCAAGAACAAAGUAGUAUUUAAUAGUUUUGGCAAGAUGUUCAAAUUUGUUUGCAGUAGAUGGAAGCAAUUGUGCAGAUGAGUAUACUAUUAAUACAUACCUUUCCAAAUAUCAUGAGUUUCUAUUUCUAAAUAUUAGAUUAAGUUAACUAAAUUAUAUAACGAAAGAACUCAAAUAUUUCUAUAAGUUAUAAUAUACCAGUUUUGAUGUUAAGUUGUAUAAAUUCUAUUAUAAUAAUAGGAAACCAUCAUUGCUAAUUUCUGUAUAAUUAAGAGUCACUACUUAAGCAAUUGAUAAAUAUUUUUCUCAAAAAAUAAUUAACAACUAUGUCAAAAUUUACUUAUAGUUUUGA